AUGUCCUCCAGCGACGAUCGGUACCCACCCGGCAUCGAUGGAUGGGACUUGCCUCAGUUACGAAAACACAAAGAUUAUCAUAGCAUAGUAGUUAAAGCCCCAACUAAAGGAGGGCAUCUAAAGGCGAUAAAGUUAUAUUGGAGAAGUAAUCCUCCGGGCGGGGACGGAUACGCGGCGUACCUGAGGCAAUUGUCGCAAUCGUCUGGAAUCUCGGAGGAGGAGCAGGGGGGGGAGGAGGAGGAUGACGAGGAGGAGGAUGACGAGGAGGAACCGGCGCUCGGGGGAGCGGGUAGCCGUGGUGCGGCGUCCAAGGGAGCGCUGGUGCCCGAGCAGCAGCAGGAGGAGGAGGAGGAGGAGGUAAAGGAGGAGGAGGAGGAGGUGGGGGAGGAGGAACCAACACCGCUUGCAACUCUUGCGCUGCUCGGGCCAGCGCCAGCACCGGCGCACGCGCCAGCACCGCCGCCGGCGCCCGAGCUUGAUGAGGAGGGUCGGAGAAAAAAAAGGAAAAAAGAAGCGGAUGCGAAAAGAGGAAAAGCAGAUACGAUAAAAUGGCAGAAUAUUCGGGCAAGAGAGGAGGCAUUAGACCUCGAGAACCCCCCUGCGCCCCGAACCUGUAAGGUUAUCGCGUCUUUGUCCGCCGCAGGGCCGAUUCUAAAUAAAGGUGACGUUUUUAUGUCUAAAGCACAGAGCACUAUGAUAGUUAAAGAACUUUUUGAGAGUAUGAAAAAAAUAGCCGUUGUUUGGAAGCGCGGCGGGAGCCGUAAACAAAACUGGAAUUCAUAUAACUGCGCGUGCAGAGAAGAAAAGGACGGGGUUUUUUGCAUGCAAGUAGAUUUUCUUUACCAAGACUCCACACAAGUGUGGCUUUGCAAGAAGAUACCCGCCCCCCCUUUUUGCUCAGCUGGAAAGUCCUCGGAUAGGAAGACGAACUACCACCCCGAGGACCUUGUUCCAUGCAUGAGUUCACUCGGCAAAUAUGCUGAAAUAACAGCUGAAGCAGUGAGGAAAGAAUGUAUGGACUAUUGUCCAGCACGGAAAAUGCCCAAGAAGGCUACAGAUGCGAUGGUACUGGACCUAACCAAUGGUUUUAUACAGACUUUAGUGCGACUAACCAAGGAGCGGCGUAUGGGGAUUAGCAAGGAAGCGCCGAAAGGCAAACGAAAAUGUAUACUGUGCGAAGGGCCAAAUUUCCUCAAGGACCCUGUCGGCAAGGAUUGGGAGUGUGAAGAUUGUGGCAAAACAAUCUGUCCAUUUUGCUUCCACGAGAAAGAGCCUGGACACAAGUGCACGGAAGAGGGUAUGAAGACGCUGAACGAGUUUCUGUUAGCAGACCUCAAAGACAAGAAGUUCGUGACAGUCUAUGGGCUCGCUCCCCCCCAAUGGGAGCAACAAAUAGAUGCUUAUAGGAGGUUCUCUGCCAGCGACUUCGCGCAUUGCAACGAAGGACUCCUGCAAUGCAACGGGCAGAUAGCAGUCAGGCUGUGGUACGGCUGGGACCGGCUGAACGGACUGAGCAAAGCCGCAGCUAGCUCAAUCGACAAGGACCCCGGAGGGGACAUACAGGCAUGUUGGGUUGAUGCCCUGGAUGGGGACAAAGGGGGAAAUGCUUCAACUGAAUUUAAUCAUGCACGAGGGACUGAUCGACGACACGCUGACCUACCCUUUCUGUACGCGCCGAGAAAGGGGCAGGCCUCCGAAAAACCAACGAUGGUUGCCAAAAAAGAACCAGAGUUCCGAAAUGUCAAGAGUGCGGCAGGAGGGGUCACUGCUUAUCGAGAAAUAUGGGCGACUGGGAAUCAUGUCGCUGUAGAGAUGCAACGAGCAGCAGGGUUGCAAUACCGAGAGAGGCGAACGGAUUUCAUCCAGCAGCUCGCAAAGAGUAAAGAGUACCAGCGUAUUAACGACCACGACCUCGACGCCUGGGCUAAGAUAUUUGAAACAGUGGCAGGGCUAGAAUCCAAUUCCGAAUUUUUCGAUGAGCGUGACGAGGAUCAUCAGAAGGAGGUAAAAGCGGCCUACAACGCCGCGGUGCAGCGACACGAACAGGAGCAGGAAGCGUGGCCGAGCAGGCAAAUCGGACAGUUCCUAUUGUUUCACGCCAAGGCAAGAGAUGAGCAGGGUUUACGUUCUCUGACAAUUCAAGGAUGUAGACCCAGUGAAUGGCAGUGGCUUUAUGAUGCAUUCCGCGAAUGCUCCUUUGAUCGCGUAGACCUCGACGACCAAGUUGUUUGGAACCACAUAAUGGAACAAUAUGUAGAAGUGCAGAGUUCGCUCCUGUUCCAUGAUGAUGAUGAUGAUGAUGAAGGACCAGCACCAACACCAGGGCCACCGCCAGCGAAAGAACCACAAUUUGGGCUUCCCCCUGAUUUAUUAACUUGGCUCAAAGAUGAGGACAAUUGGCUCCACUGUUAUUACAAGGACCCAGCGAUAAAAAGUGUCGUGGAAGCGCAACUGGGACGAGAACUCACGGAUAGUGAGAGGAGGGAGGCGACGAAACUUGUACGGAGGAUGACAACAAUGAAGGACAAGAAGGAUGAGAGUGAUGAAUGGAGCCCCUCGCAGCAGCGCCUGCAACAGAAGGGCCAGAAGGAAUCGGUCCGAGAGAGAGUUUGA